CUGGGACAAGCGGUGACACAGAGGUUUAUAACGGCCACAGAGACAUUAUCAGAAUGACGACGGUGAGGCUGAGAGACGACGGCGGCGACGGGCUGUCGGUUAUCACGCACAACGACUAUCGCUUUCCCAACUUCCCCAGUAAAAAGGCCAUCGUAAAUAUGGCCUCUGUGAAGAUCAGGUCGGAUGACAUCAUCAUAAUGACAUACUUCAGGUCAGGUACACACUGGAUAUGGGAGCUGUCACGACUUCUCUUGGCAGGCAAGCUGGACAAAACGGACAUCGACAAGACAUCGACCAUGCUGGAACUGUCGGAUGAGGAGAAGUACAAAGACCUCCCAUCUCCCAGACUCCUCAACUCCCACGCACCGUUAGGUCACCUGCCAGACGAGGUCAAGGUCAAGAAACCAAAAAUUGUGCACGUAAUUCGCAAUCCCAAGGAUGCCAUUGUUUCUUAUUUCGUGUUUUUGAAAAAGAUGGGCAUCAACGACUACCAUGGGAAGUGGGAGAACUAUGUUCGUCCUGCAACAGAGGGGAGAUUUGAAUAUGGUUCCUGGUUCGACCAUUUGAAGGGGUGGGAAGAAGUGAAGAAAACUGCCGACAUUCCCUUCCUGACACUCUUCUAUGAAGACCUUAAAGAGGACACAUUCAGGGAGGCUAAGAAGUUGUGUGACUUUCUGGGGGUAUCAAGGAGUGACGACUACAUCAGACAAGUGUGUGACCACUGCGACUUUGACUCCAUGAAGAAAGUCAAGGCUACAGCCGAGCUAACUGGCAAGGCUGCUUAUCGGAAAGGUGUAGCUGGUGACUGGAAGAACUGGUUCACUGUGGCCCAGAACGAGUGGUUUGAUCAAUAUUAUGCUGAACAAAUGAAAGAUUGCCCCGUGAAGGUUCGAUUUACUCUUGAUUAGGCAUAUUAUGUUGCCUGCAGAUGCCAUGGCUAUCAGGAUGAGGGUGGCACAUUCUGUCGCUAACAUCUUGUAGCUGCAAGCAUUGUAUUAAUCAGAUCAAGUUUUAUAUGUUGUUGGACACAUUGAAACAUUGCUUUUUAUAUACAUGACCUCCUAUACCGCAGCAAACCAAACAAAGUUGUACUUCCCUUAAAGGACCAAAUGAUAUUUCCACCAUGAACAGUUCUCGAUAAUGUUUCUGCAAGACGGCUUCAAGCACGCCUUGUGUUUCCCGUUCACAGAGGUGUAUCACUUGAGUGGGAAGAAUUUCAUGGAAUGUGUAAUGAAAAUCAAAGGACCACAACUGUUCCAUGUAACUACGGGAAGAGCUAUACUUUGCGGGCACCUUGUAUCAUCACUAUUUGACAGUGCUUCAUACAUACAUGCUUGGAUACAGUGGGAGUCACACACUGGACCCACCCUAUGGCGAUUUCUUAUAAUAAUGCCAUUUUGUUCAUGUCAUUCAUGGUCAUAUUGCCUGUAGAUGUUUAACAAGUAGUUAAAUAUUUAUCAUAUAUUGAGAAGUGUAUGCAAUUCAUUUCAGAACCGUCCUAUGUUAUCGUUGUAUAGUGUGUUUAUGAGAACUCAGUUUAGUUUUAGCGAAUCGUAUUCCAUUGCCAGUGUUGAUUUUCUUCCAAAGACGCUUAAAUAGAGAAGGAAAUUUGCAAUGAGCCAUCUUUUGUUUUGUUUUGGGACAUGUUUGCGUUUGUACGUUCAUAUAUUCUGAAUGUCAAUGGACAAUCUUUAAAUACCCUUGUGGAAUAUCUUUAUUUUACUUAUAAUAAAGCAUUGUUGGAGGGAAACAGAUGUUACUACAUUGGGUGUGCUGGUGUAUUGUGACGAGUACCACAGUUUGGUCAGGGUAGGCACCUAGUAUAAUUACAACAAUUUGAUGGUGCUUUAUAUACACAACAUGCUUAUGAUAUAGUCAGAAUGGUACAAUAGACCAUCAGCAAUUUUUUACUAUUUGGAAAGAAUUGUUUGUUGUCACUUGUUUCAGUUAACGUUGGGGUAUUUACCAGCUUGAAAGACUUGCUUCAUGUUCAUGUUAAACACAAAUUACUACAUUGUGUGACCUUUUUUAAAUAAAGUCCAUGUGAAUUGAA